GGGGGGGGAGAUGAACAUCAACAGCCCAUCACCGAAAGGCUUGACGGAAGCACAUCGCCGCUACUCUUUCUUGCAAACUGCCUCGGAAGGACUGGACCAGAACGAAUCGGAUUCGGAAAGCCUUGCUGAGGAGGCCCAGUACCAAUGGGAAUUGCAGAGACGGAUCUGUGACACUCAAGAACGGGUCAGUUGGGCCUAUGAAGAAGAGGCAGAUGACCGCAUGGAGAAAGACAGUCUGGAAGACAUGUGCCUGAGCGAAGAAGAGUCCGAUGGAGAGGAAACACAGAGGCCGAGCGAGGACCAGGAUGAAAGAAGAAAUCUGGAAAAUGAAAGCUCUCAGGACAGCAUCGUGGACGAGUAUUCCGAGCUGCGCUAUGAUCCCAAUUGGAAAGACAGUCAAAAAGGGAAAAGCUUCCUCAAAUUAGAAGACUCCCAUCAGGAGGAACUCAAAAACUUCAGCGUGUCCUCCCUUGAGCUGGCCUGCUCUCCUUCCCAGGGCAGGCUCCUCUCCGAAAACUGCCAGUUACAGGGAAGUCCUCAAAAUAUCUCCUCAGCAACUGAUGGAGAAUUUUGGAAGCCUUCUGGUGAUGAACCUGGAGACGGCAGAGACAGACCUUUGAGGCUCGAUAAGAAAGGAAGAAAAACAGGCGUUAUCUACCAUUAUGGCAGCAAUGACAGUUUGGCCAGCUCCGGCUGCAGGGUUCAUUUCAAAGAACCCAAACCCAGAUCUGAAAAAGACUUCAUCGAGAAAAACAAACACACGCUGGGAUUAGCCACCCAGCAGAAAAACAGUUCCUACCUUCGGCUCCAUGGCAAAAAGCAGAGAGGAGGGUGCCAAGAGAAGAUCAUUGUGGCUCACCAGUCUGCAUGCAGGCCUCCGAUGGAUGGCGUGAGCUCCAGCCAAGCCACAUCCCUGCAAGUGACCCCCUUAAGCCAGCGCUCCACCCAACCUCCCUUGGGAACCCAGGUGGAACUAAGAAGCCAGCCGAGCGGUGGUAACAAUCUGUUAGAACUUGAGAAUGUUUGUCCAGAUUCCACUGCUUACCGAGAAACAUCCGAGGUGGAGCAGGACAGCAGAUGUGCUCCGCAUUGUGAGUUAUAUCCACCUGCCUGCCUUUCCAUUGCAGAUCACUCCAGUGAAGACAGCCCUCUGUUCUCUGGCCAGGCUCCUUACCUCCUUCAGCACCAUGCCAAGAAACGGUCCAUGAAUUUAGCCUUUGCUGGGACACCUCUUCAGCGGAGUUCAUACCACAACUUUCCAGGGUUUCCUUCGCCAUGUGCGGGUGAAAAGUGCCAACCCGGCCUUGAAAACAUCUCUGGACUCCAUCACCCAUACUUCUACAGGUGUACUGUUUCAGAGCCUUUCCCCUGUCAUGGCAAGCACUGGAAUCCAUUAGGGCACAAACGUGUUUCGUAUGCUCACGACGGUGGCCAGAAAGAGCCGGUAAACGGAGCAGUUGCAUCUGGGGAACCCUGCCACAUUUAUACAGAAGAGAUCCCUAACAACUAUGCUUUUGAUUACUCAGGGCAGGAUACAAAGAUAGACUGGAAACUAGAGAAGGGGUUGGAAGAGAGGACUUAUCCGGUGAGAACAUCACCACCAUUGGAUUAUUUGGGCUGCAGGGUUCCAAAAGGCUGCACGUUGACCAGGGGGGUUGCAUUGCAAGCUGCUCACAAAAGUUGGUCCCUUUUCAUUGCUUCUGUGUCUUUUUUCCUGGCACUCCUCUUGACUUGCCCUUGUUCCUUGAGGUCAUCACAGCCACCUGCUCCUCCCCCGGUGAAAAGAACCCUCUCUCCCACGGCACGGCUCAUCCAGGCGGUAGAACGGCAUCAUCGAGAACUGUCUCAGCUGGCAGAUGACCACCUCGCUAGGAAUCAGCUGGCUAGCAUGUUUCCCCCCAUAAUCCAUAGAGGGGAGAGCGACUCGCAGCUCCACCUGGAGAGCGGCGAAGAGACCCAGCCCGUCCUCAGCCGCAGCAAUUCCGAGGGCUACUUGCUUCAGAUGGAAAAGCAAAAGGAGAGGAGAGGAAAGAAAGGGCACCGGAAGGGCUCCAGGGCAAAAGGUUACGUGAAGAUGGACGUGAGGCUGGGAGGCCUUGGACCUGACUAUGAAACCAUCAAAGAAAAAUCAGAAAAGAUGAAGCACCAAAAAGUGUAUGCCAAGCAAGUCAAUGAACAAAAUCUGAAGAAUAUCUCAAGUGCACGGAAACCUCAACUGAAAACGGAGGACAAAUCAGUGGUGUCAAGGCAGAAGGCCCUUGAAUACGCCAAGACAAUCCCCAAGCCUCGACUUUUUGUGUCAAGAUCGUCGGAGCAAGAGACCAAAGAGGAGAAAAACCUGGCACGGACAUUAAAUGGAGAGAAUCUUCCUCCGAUCUCCUCUCUGGAAUCCCUGCAAAACAGGCAUGAGAAAGAGAAGCAGGUGGUUGCUGCGUUCAAAACACUCCAUAUUGUCUGACGAGGAGGCCAUGUCCCCGCUCCUCCGUUCUCUUCUCUCCGUGUUCACUUGUGGUCCGGAAGGACGAGCAUACCGUGAUGAGUUUCAUGAACUUCUGCAAGAUCUGGGGUGUUUUCCAUGAGUUGCAUUCAGCCUUAUUUUUGUUGGAAUUUUAUUGUUGAUGAUUAAAACA